AACUUAGAACUGUUCAUGACUGCGGUUUGUUUUUUGUUAUUUUCCGCUCACACUUUAUUUUGAACCGGCUGGGAUUGUUAUAGAAUAUGAAUGCUGUGUAGUAAACAAACUCAGGAUGUCGAAAAUUGUGAUGAACCAACUGACCCACCCUCAGCGUGUUCGUCUGCUGUACAAGACUAUUCUGCGACUCCACAGAGGACUUCCCGCGGAACUACGUGCCUUGGGUGAUAACUAUGUACGAGACGAGUUCCGGCGACACCUCAAAUGCAAUCCCAUGGAGGCACAGCUCUUUAUGACCGAAUGGGCUCGCUAUGCCUCCACAAUCACCCAACAACUGGGGAUUCGUGGGAAGCCCAAGGGCGAGUUGGGCGAGCAAAUAGACCCCAAGGCCGUUGAAAUGCUUAAGGACGACCAGGUGGUGCAAUUAUACGAACUUAUGCUGGCGGCCAAAGGUGUAGGAGAUGAUAAUGUUGCGGAAAAGGACAUCCGAGGCAAAUAAAAGAAGGUUUACUUUA